AUGGCUGAGAGUGGAUAUGAAAUGUUGGAUGAAGAAGCCGGUUACUAUGGAGAGGUAUUGCAAUUGAGUAAGGAAGAGAUAAUGAGUAAGGCAUUCCGAAGCGAUGAAGCAGCAUAUGAAUUUUACAGGAGGUUCGGCAAAUAUUUUGGUUUUGGUAUUCGGAAGGGUGACUCGGGAAAAGAUGAAAGUGGAAGGGUUAUUCGUAGGAGAUUUUUUGUAACAGAGCGGGCUUAUGGUGUUCUGACGUCUAAGAUUCUGGGGCAUAUAACUGGACAGGCUAGUGGCUAUUCUCUAAAGAGCUUCACUAAGAAGGAUGCAUACAAUUAUAUUAACAAGGUUAAGCAUGCAAAGAUUAUUGACGGGGACUCUAACGCCGUUGUCGUAUAUUUGGAGGGAAAAGCGGGGCCCAAUUCGAUGUCGAUGGCUAGGUAUAAUGUUACUAAGGAUAAUACGCUGGCCAAUAUAUUCUGGGCCGAUGGUGGCAGUAGAGUUGAUUACCAAUACUUUGGGGAUGUUCUAACCUUUAAUUUGACCUACAAGAAAAAUAAAUAUCGGAGACCGCUGGUGAUAUUUUCUGGUGUGAAUAACCAUAAGCAGACGACAAUAUUUGGGUUUGGCUUGGUGUUAGAUGAAAGCGUUGGGUCUGAUAAGUGGCUGCUGGAAAAUUUGUUGGAAGUCAUGUGUAACAAGAAGUCGACAGUUGUAGUCACGGAUGGCUGUGAUUCGAUGAAAGCUACAAUCAAGUCUGUUUUUCCGGAGGCAACACAUCGAUUUUAUGCUUGGCAUAUGGAGAAAAACGUAACCGCUAAUGUGAAGGAAGAGAAACUGCGGCAAUGUUUCACCCGGUGGUUGUACUCAGAUAUGGAAAUAGAUGAAUUCGAGGCUGAGUGGGAUGAUACCGUCGAAGAGUAUGGGUUCCAAAACAGUUUUUGGGCCAAAGAAACUUUUCAAAAGAGGAUGAUGUGGGCUAAUGUGUAUCUACGAGACAAGUUUUGUGCAGGUUUUCGGACAACAUCCCGGUGCGAAGGCAUUAACGUGUACGUGAAGAAUUUUCUUAAGUCUAGGCAUAGUAUCCUUGAUAUGGUUCAAAAUUUGGGGUUGGUCAUGCGAGAGUACCAAAAUAACAAAUUACUUGCACAAUUUAGAUCACUCCAUGGGAUACCGGUUAUGACAACUUGUUUGGAUCCUCUUGAAAAGUAUGCUGUAGAUGUAUACACACAUUGGAGGAAUACGGCGACUCAGCAUGAGCAUUUGACUCAAAUUCCUGAAAGGCUGGUUCUGAAGAGGUGGCGUAAGGAUGCAAAGUCAUUGGAUAAAUAUGUCGAGAUAACGGAAUUUGGUAGUAAAAGGGGUUUUUUGCAGCGCCAUGGUGCACUUCAUACAGCCACACAGUGGAUGCUAUAUGUUGGAGCUAGGUGCCCAUCGUCGUUCACACAUGUGCUUAACGAAGAUGAAAUACCUGUUGCAACUGGAUGUAGUGAGACGAUGGAAUACGACAGGAACAUGAGAAGUAGCACAGAUGAGUUACUCACACAGUGCAAGACUGGGUAUGAGGCUUCCAUCAUAAUUGUUAGCCGAAUAUCGAUUUCAUUAGAGAUUUCAGUUUCAUUAUAUUAUAACUGUGCUUUACGCUAUUUGUUUUCUAAAGUGUAA